AUGCCCAUCACCACAAUAGAGUCUCUCGACGACCUUGUCAAGCUUCAACAGAACAAUUCACGUCUUGUCAUCGACUUCCAUGCCGUCUGGUGCGCCCCCUGCAGGGCCAUCGCGCCGUUCUUCCAAAAGCACACCGACGAGCUCGCGCCCCACGGCAUCGCUUUCGCAAAGGUUGACGUCGACGUUGUCCCCGAACUCGCCGCCCAGCACCGCAUCACCACCGUCCCGACCUUCUUGUUCAUCAAGGACGGCCGAACCAUUGAAACGUUACGUAGCGCUACGCCCGAAAGGCUUAAG